UAUUUAUAACAACGCAGUAUAUGCUGCGCAUUCCAACGAUGUCAAUUAGCCGGCUGCAAUCGUGUUCGGUGCUCACUCGAAACGUUUUUUCAACUUCAAUUCGACUUUUUAGUUCUGCUGUCGCUAAAAGUAUGGAAAAGCAUCAGGUUGUUCCGGAUGUAAUUCCGGUAGCUCCCACCGAAGUGGCAAAGGUUAUUUACGCAACCGGUGUUGCUGUGAGCGAAGGCAACGAGUUGACACCAACCCAGGUUAAAGACAUCCCUAAGGUGGAAUGGAAUUCGGAUGGAUCGGCAUUCUAUACCCUUUGUAUGACCGAUCCAGACGCUCCAAGUCGCAAAGAACCAACUUAUCGUGAGUGGCACCACUGGUUAGUGGGCAACAUUCCUGGAGCUGAUAUAGCCAAAGGGGAGACGCUGUCGGAGUACGUCGGAUCGGGACCUCCGGAAGGUACUGGCCUCCAUCGUUACGUUUUUCUGGUUUACAAACAGCAAGGCAAGUUGAGUUUCGAUGAGCCACGACUUACCAAUCGUAGUGGAGACAACCGUGGUGGAUUUUCUAUCAAAAAAUUUGCUGAAAAAUAUAAACUGGGUAAUCCGGUUGCUGGUAAUUUUUACCAAGCUCAAUGGGAUGAUUAUGUGCCUUUGCUUUAUAAGCAACUUGGAGCAUAAUCAUAUAAAGCGAUAUAAAAUUGUGUAAAUUUGUUGUUCUGCUUAUAAAGCUAAAUAAAACAUUGGUUUAAAAAUAAA